AUGGCAUCUGGCCAAGAGAAGGACAUGGCAAGGGAGGAAGGGCCCACUGCACCUAAUGAGGUGGUGAACAAUGCUGCUGAUAUUGACCUCAAUCAAGAUGAGGCAAUGGCUGACAUUGAGCUGGAUGACGUUGAGAACCUGGACUUGGAGGAUGAGGAUAACUAUGUUGAAGCUGAUAACCAUGGUGAAGCUGAUAACCAUGGUGAAGCUGAUAACAAUGGGGAGGAGGACAACACCGGUGACAAGGAGAACACUGGUGAUGAAAAUGACUUCACUGAGGGUGAAGGCAUGAGUUAUCCUGUCUCCGAGGAGAUUGUCCAACUCCAGGCUAAAGUGUCAACUCAGAAUAUCACCAUCCUGCAACAGCAGAAGUCCAUUGAUGGACUCACAAAGCUGGCUAACAAGCUUAAGGCUGAGUUGGGCGUUGUCACGAAGGAGGCUUGCCAAUUCCGUCGCAGCCUGGGCACUAAGAAGCGCCAAAUUGAGGAGCUUCAAGAUAAUUGCAACAAUAUGCAAGCGUCAAUCAACAAGCUCUAUGAGCAUUUGAGGGAGAUUAGGAGGGAGGGCAUUUACCAGCCUCCUCCUGGGCAUAGGCCCGCUCCUGCUGCUCAGACGACACCCGCUCCGCCCGCACCUCCGGCGGUAGGCGCUGCGACGGCUAUGCACCAGCCACCUCCAACUGAGAACUCACCCUUUGGGUCUCUCUCGGCGCCUCUGCCUGACUUUAUCCAUGGCAAGACGGAGGUGGAGCCUUGGCUUGACCUGGUGGAUACCACCAUGACCCUUGCGAAUGUGCGCCCCGAGGCUCGCGUCCCCGCAGCUACUCGUGCAUUGGAUGAGGUGGCACGCAGGGCGGUGUACGGCGCUAAGAAGCAGGCGCAGGGACCGUUUGCAUGGCCGGAGUUCUGCACCGCGCUGAGAGAGGCGUUCAUGGUCAAGAAGUCCGACCUGGAACUUCGCGGACGCCUCGAGAGUAUUAAGUGCCGUGACCGUUCGGUGCAGGACUAUGCGGUCAAGUUCGAAGCCGCAGCACGCUUGCUCCAGAAACCCUUGUCCGAUGAGGAGAUGAUGCACAUCUUCAUGAAAGGCCUUCCUGUCAAGCUGCAGCAGGCACACGUGACAGGUGGCAUGACCAAUUGGACGACUUACAAGGAAAUGAAGGAGCAGGUGACCAAAACGGACAACAUCAUUCGCACGUACGUGUUUGGCACCGAUAAGCCAGGCCAGCAGCCCCGUGCUGAAGGCUCUGGUGGUCAUGGGAACCGACCCCAGAAUGCCACGGGUGGAGGCGGUUGGAACAAGCGGCCUUUCCAGCAGCGUGGUCACCAGCCCGGGCCGCAGGCCAAGCGAGCUAACGGAUGGGGAGGGCGUGGCCCUAACACCCCAGACUUCUCCGAUAAGCAGUGUAGGCGCU